UCGAGCCAGCGCUGAGUGGAGCCUGUCUGCCAACAGCUUCAGCAGUGGCUCUAUCUGGAAACCACUACACUCACUGACAAUUAAAGGAGGCCCCUUUUUCUUCUUAUUUCCGAGGACUAUUCUUCACCAUGGGCGACAAGAAGAGCCCUACCAGGCCAAAAAGACAAGCCAAACAGACCGCCGAUGACGGCUACUGGGACUGUAGCGUCUGCACCUUCAGGAACACCGCCGAGGCUUUCAAAUGCAGCAUCUGCGAUGUGAGGAAGGGCACAUCCACAAGGAAACCCAGGAUCAACUCCCAGCUGGUCGCCCAGCAGGUGGCUCAGCAGUACCCGAUGCCUCCCCCGCCCAAGAAGGAGCGAAGGGAGAGGAGCGAGCGCACAGACAAGGAGCGCCCGGACGGCGAAGGCGAGCGCGCCAACGGAGAGGGGCGUCCAGAGGGUGAACGUCCAGAGAUAGUGAGGCCAGAGGGAGACUCUCCCGAAAAGGAAAAGAGUGACACUGAACAACAGCCAAUCAAAGACAAACCCGACAGAGAGAAGGAAAUUAGCCCAGCCGUCACGAAGAAGCCCAGCAGCAAAAAGACCAGACCCAAAUCAGACAACCAUCAGAGCUCACCCAGCGACAAACACAGCAUACAGUCUGGCAAAUCAGCAACCAAGACCAACAAGAACUCUCACAUUUCCAGGCCCAAACUGAAGAACAUUGACCGGAGCACCGCCCAGCAGUUGGCUAUCACCGUCGGGAACGUGACAGUGAUCAUAACAGACUUUAAGGAGAAGACCCGCUCCUCCUCCACAUCCUCGUCCACCAUCACGUCCAGCGCGGGUUCUGAACAACAGCACCAGAGCUCCGGCUCCGAGAGCAUGGACAAGGGCUCGUCGAGGGCCUCCACACCCAAAGGGGAUCUCUCUGUGGGGCACGACGAGUCGUUCUGAGGCCCUGUCCCUUUUGUCCCGUCCUCACCUCGCUCCACAAGCCCCCGCCCUUCCCCCCCUUUCCCCCCACAUUUCUGGACACUAUGGAUCCCAUAGGGGGAGAGAUUUCACCUUUCCCAUCGCUGCCCUGCCUCCAUUCCAUGAUCACCCUUGGAUGCUGAGAGGAGUUGGAAAGCUGAGAGGAACAGUGCGGUGCGCCUGCCAGGGAAAUGCAGGGGGAUCUCCCCUCGUGGUUACACCCGUGGCACAGGCGAGGAGAGCAGGGCUACAAGGAAUAACACCCCCAUCCCCAACCUCCCCUGCGGUAGCAUCCAGACACUUGUAUGUAUUGUUUUAUAUAUGUAUGUGGAUGUGAGGCCAAGUCGACAUUUUUUGUUUUGUUUUUGUAAAGAAGAAUUCUCCGCUGGGCACAAUAACCACCAUCAUUUCAAUAACUUUAAACUAUUAUUACCCUUAUUUAUUACCUGUUGCACCUGUAUACUUUGAUAUUCUCCUUUUUUAUGUUGACGCUUUGCUGUGUAGCCCUGCCGAUCGAUCAUUCCUUAAGUGUUUUUAUUGCAGUUUGAAGAUGAUAGGACAAGACUCGAGUCACACGGAUACACACACACACACACACACACACACACACAUACCACAUACACACACACUGGUGCUAGAUACACUGUGAAGCGGUUUUGCAGAUCUGGGAUUGCCCAUUCACUCAAUGUGACAGAGUGCUGAUGAAUCAAAUUCUCAUUCACUUCUCUCAAUAACACUGUCUCACUCUGAACACUGUCGGGACCUCCAUCAGGUCCGUCUCGUUCUGUACAGGUCAAUGUGCAUCAGAGGAAGGUCACCUGAGGUUCAGACACCUGACUUUUUCAACUAGAUUGUCUAUGAUUUAGUAUGCUAUAGCAGAUCUCUUAUACAGUAUCUUAUGUCCUUAACUGUACAGUGUAGGCUGUUGUGUAAAACACUAAAAGCUGUUGAUAUUUUCUGCAUUCCGUACUUGGAUAUUGAGUUUUCUGGCUGAAGUUCGAGCUGUCCUCUCAGCUCUGGAGCCAGAGUGUUUCUUUUCUGUGGUGACUGAAGGACGGUUCCACGCAGUUCCACUUGGUAAAACCAUAUCGAACUGUAAAAUAGACCUGUUUUGUCAAGCUGUUGUGAAAUCGAUUUCAUUUUUCUUUUGUUGUGGUCCUGAAGACGACUUUUGAAUCUUCAUUCUCUCAAUCCCGAUAUCCCAGAAAACAAGUGCAAAGACACGAGCAAUUUGCAAAGAUCGACAAUUCAGUUGACUUUUUGUUUUUUUUAAAUUAAUUUAAGACUCCUGUCAUUGAAGUUAAAAAAAUAUUGCAGUAGUUGAUAGAACACAAUUUGCUCUUUCAAUUUUUAGAACAGCAAGGCUUAUUUAAGGGUUUUAAUUCACUUUCACCUUAGCUGAUACUAGACCAACAUAAUUUCCUUUUAACUGUAUGAAAUUGUAUAAAGAAUAAAUGUGUAUAUGAUAUCUUAGUUUUAUUUAUUGAAGGACCAAAGGAAUUUCAUAAUGACAUGAUACAUAGACAGAUAAAUAACAAUUUGAAAUGCAAUUAUCUAAUGUGUGAGAUGAAUAACAGUUUAAAUAAAGACUAAUAUAAUCCACGUAAA